AUGAUUCCCUCUCCCUUUGUUGACGUGAUUGUCGUUGGCGCCGGUCUCAGUGGCCUCCAAGCAGCUGUAGACCUCGACAAAGCCGGCCUCUCAUACAUGGUCCUCGAAGCUAAUGAUCGGGUUGGCGGCAAAACUCUCUCUGUCCCGGCAUCUCCGAAAAGCGACGGACUGGUUGAUCUGGGUGCAGCCUGGAUAAAUGAUAGCAACCAGAAAGAGAUGCACGCCUUGGCCCAGGAAUUCGGCUUCGACCUUAUCGUCCAGCGCACUGAAGGACUGUCACUCGAUCAGUCGAAUGGAACGACGCAUGCCAUUCCUUAUGGGCAGUUGGGAGAUUUUACGGACGAACAACUCGCUGAGAUUCUCGCAAUCAUGACGAGACUGCAAGAAUACGUUGAUCGAUCCAAUCUUGAAUAUCCUCACCUCGGACCCGAUUCUGGGAGGCUUUAUUCCAUGACCGCCUUGGAGUUUGCUAGUAAAGAGUUUGGCGAAGGCAUUGCCGAGGUUCUUGUAACGAUAAUGGCCCGGGAUCUUCUUGGUGUCGAAGCGGACCAAGUCAGUGCCUUGUUUCUCAUCAACUACCUCAAGAGCGGAACUGGUCUUGCAAACAUAUCUUCGGAUAGGAAGGAUGGCGGCCAAUACUUGCGUAAUGAGAUGUUUGCAAUCAAACUAGCUGCGAAACUCGACAAGAAGAACAUCAAGCUAAACUCGCCUGUCGUCAAGAUCAUCCAAGAUAGGAAAGGCUGUACAGUCAGGACGAAGAACGGUCACAAAUACCACUCCAAGAAAGCAAUCCUUUCAGUUCCGACAUCUCUUUAUCCCAGGAUCGACUUCGAGCCUCAUCUUCCGCCAGCAAAACAAGAGCUGGCUCACUCUACUGAACUUGGCUACUACUCAAAGUCCAUCUUGAUCUUUGAUAAGCCCUGGGUGGCAUAA